ACAACGCCACUCGGACACGCGCUUCCUAAUUCAAAUGAACGGCAUUUUAUUUUCACAGGACAGGCACAAUCGUGAAUGUAUUUUUACCCAGUUGAGUUUUUUAUUGUAUUAAAUUUACCAAAAGUGUUUGUUUAUAAUAAAUUGAUUGCAAACAUGUCUCAUCAGUCCAACAAUGUGUUGCGUCCAAAAGCAAAUGCCAUGGCCAGAAAGCCGGAGGCAGUCACUGCACUUGGCAUGCAGAAGAAAAAUUUGCUGCUGACAAAAAAGUCGACAAGCGAGAAUAUGGCACCAGGCUGCAAGCUUCUUCCGUCUUCCGUAUCAGCCAAAACGGCUACGACAAUUGCGCGUCCAGCCCAAGAUGCAAUGUCGAAAUUUGCGAAGCCACUUGUACCCACUGCCAGUACACUAAAGAAACCAACCUCGGAGUUUGUGGCUCCAGCUCCUGUGACUGAACCCAAGAAGACUAACGCUGACCCUGUGGAUAAACCAUUAGCCACAGCUACAGCAACAGAAGCCGCUCGAUCUGCCGAAUCGACUGCAUCCAGCUCUUCAAACAGCACUGACAAAGAGAAAGGCAAGACUGAAAAUCAGCCCCCAAAGCCAAAGAAAACUUGGGAGCUGAACAACUUCGACAUUGGCCGUCUACUGGGCCGCGGAAAGUUCGGCAAUGUGUACCUGGCACGCGAGAAGGAGUCCCAGUUCGUAGUGGCUUUAAAAGUCCUGUUCAAGCGUCAGAUUGGCGAAUCCAAUGUGGAGCAUCAGGUGCGCCGGGAGAUCGAAAUACAAUCGCAUCUGCGGCACCCGCACAUUCUUCGCUUAUACGCAUACUUUCACGACGAUGUGCGCAUCUACUUGAUCCUGGAGUAUGCACCACAGGGUACUCUCUUCAAUGCGCUGCAGGCUCAGCCGUCAAAGCGCUUCGAUGAACGCCAGUCGGCCACCUACAUCAAGUCGCUCUGCUCGGCCCUCUUGUAUCUGCACGAGCGUGACAUAAUCCAUCGCGAUAUCAAGCCGGAGAAUCUCCUGCUGGGCCACAAGGGUGUGCUGAAGAUAGCCGAUUUUGGGUGGUCAGUUCACGAACCCAAUUCCAUGCGCAUGACGUUGUGCGGCACUGUGGACUAUCUGCCACCGGAAAUGGUACAGGGAAAGCCGCACACAAAGAACGUGGACCUGUGGAGCCUGGGUGUGCUCUGCUUCGAACUGCUGGUGGGUCAUGCCCCAUUCUAUUCGAAAAACUAUGACGAGACCUACAAGAAGAUCCUCAAAGUGGAGUACAAACUGCCAGAGCAUAUUUCCAAGGCGGCUGCUCACUUGAUUUCCAAGCUGUUGGUCCUCACUCCUCAGCAUCGUCUGCCCCUGGACCAGGUGUUGGUACACCCGUGGAUUCUGGCACAUACAAAGUGACUUACUCACUUAACGUUUUCUUGUUUCCUUUUAUUUAUUUUAAUUUUGAGUUAUUUCCUAGUUCAUUUUUGAGUUUUAGUUGUCUCGCCGCGUAAUAUAAUUAUGGCAUUUCAAAUUUUCCUCAUUUAGCAAGCUACAAGAAAAAUUUAACAUUUAUGCAUUUAGUUUUAUUAUCAAUUAUUAUCAAUAAAGAUUGUGGGUGUGUUCCGAA